AUGAGAGCAACCCAGGCUUUGAGAAUGCGCCCAACUGCUAUGUUGAGGAUGCAGCAGACUAGGACUGUCGCCAUGAGGCAGAGCCCAAUCCUCAGGAUGGCUGUCCCAAAAGAGGAACAAAGCGGGCACACUAUCACUCAACGUCUUCGCCGCAUCAAAGAUGUACCAGUUGAAUUGAUCCCUCUUGCCGUCGUCAUCGGUGCCGCCAUUGUGGCCGCUGGCUACUCUAUGGUCAACAAGCUCAUGACCGAUAAGACUCUACGCCUUUCCCGCCAGUCUUCCAAGCACUAA